UCCUUCUUCGCCAACCUUUAUAGGGUUUCCAAACCCAAUUUGAAAAAUUGAUUUACAUUUUCCGUCACUUCACCCCAAAAGAUUUUUACCAAAGUCGUCACUAAAGAAUCCUUUUGCUGUAUUUAUGCGGCAAAAUUCGGAUAUGGUAAUGGUGGUUUCGGAAGCCUAGUUGAAGUGAGAUUGUGAAAAAGUGGGUGGUAGAAUUUGGGAUCCGUCAAUGACGUUGUUGGCAGCCUGUGGAGGUGAUACAGUGAAGUUGUUCGAUGCCUCGGUCAAGCCCGGUGAUCCUUGCUCAUUGAGCUAUACCCCUUCUCCUGGAUUCCAAGUCAAUUCAGUGAAGUGGAACCAUACCAAUUUGGUUGUGGCCAGUGCUGGAGAUGAUAAGAAGAUCUCGCUGUGGCAUAAAAAUGGGCAGAGCAUGGGUACCAUUCCUGACAGUGGAGACAACAUAGAGGAGUCUAUAAUGGCUAUCAGCUUCAGUAACAAGGCUUCCAGAUAUCUAUGCUCUGGAGGAAGUGGUCAAGUUGUACGGAUAUGGGAUUUGCAAAGAAAGCGCUGUAUUAAAUGGUUGAGAGGUCAUACUAGCACUAUUACAGGUGUAAUGUACAACUGCAAAGAUGAACACUUGGCUUCUAUCAGCCUUAGUGGGGGCCUUAUCCUUCAUAACCUUGCUUCUGGUGCAAGGGCUGCUGAACUCAAGGACCCCAAUGAACAGGUGUUGAGAGUUCUUGAUUAUUCCCGGAUUAGUCGUCACCUUUUGGUGACUGCUGGUGAUGAUGGUACUGUUCAUCUGUGGGAUACAACUGGUCGGAGCCCUAAGGUUUCAUGGUUGAAGCAACAUUCUGCACCGACUGCUGGUAUUAGCUUCUCUCCAUCCAAUGACAAGAUAAUUGCUAGCGUGGGUCUUGACAAAAAAUUAUAUACUUAUGACACUGGUUCUAGAAGACCGUCAUCUUGUAUAUCUUAUGAGGCACCAUUCUCUUCAUUGGCCUUUAGGGAUGAUGGAUGGAUGCUGGCAGCUGCAACAAGCAAUGGUAGGGUUGCUUUCUAUGAUGUUCGUGGAAAGCCACAACCUUUUGUCGUUCUUCAUGCUUAUGGUAGCUCUGAGGCUGUUACGGGCUUAUGCUGGCAAAGGUCAAAACCUGUAAGUGUCAAUGAAGCUAAUUGCACUGCUGAGACAGCACUUGUGGGAGAUUCAGUUGAAGAUUCCAUCCUUAUGCCGGAUCCUUUACCUUCUGCAACCUCAUCAAGUGUUUCUCUAUCUACUGUUAUGUCAAGUUCUAGGAAUUCUGCUCGUGUAAAUGCCUCUAUUGAAGCAUCUUCGCUUAAAUCAUCUAGCAGUGGAUUGGUGUCAAGCAUGCUAAAUGUGUCUAGUGGAGAGGAAACACCACAUCGAAGCCAUUUAUGGCCAGGUGGAAAUCUCUCAAGGCUAAAUGCUCCACGUUCUAAUUAUAACUUCAAAGAUGACAUGGAGGUCUUCUCCCCCCUUGUGGAUGUUCAACCAAUAACACCCUCACUAUGGGAUGAGAAUGGAGCAAAGAAGGAUAACAUAUUUGCAGAUAGGAAACCUUCAUCACUGUUGUUUCCUUCAUCUAGCAGGAGAUUUCCAAAUACAGAAGAGGGCAGCAUUGAUCAUCCAAUAUUUGAUUGGAAAUCUGGCUCAAUUUCCAAGCAGGAUGAAAUUCGAUCUUCAUUUUCACCUGUGGAAUCAAUUGCUCCCCCAUCUUCGAAGGAUGAAGCUUCUUCAAUCACUCCUCCAGAAGCUUGGGGUGGUGAGAAGUUAUCUGAAAAAUAUACUUACCUUCGUCAAUCCAUCAAUGCACCUUCUCGUUUUGGGACGUCAGCUUCUGGUGUUCAGACAGCAGGAUCAAUGUCUUCUGGAUUGCAGGCUUCCUCAUCAUCAGAUGUUACUUCUCUUGCGACUUCAAGCAUCAAUUUUGCCAAUCUACGCAGCAAAGAUGUCUCCACUAGUCAGGAGACUUCAUUAGGUUUUCCUGAUCACUUGUCUUCUAACUCCUUGGCUAUCAAUACAAAAUCCAUUCUUGGACAGGUUAACCUGGAUUCCCCACGGAUCUCAUCUUUGACCCGGCGAUUUUCCACUUAUGCGGAGAGAAUAAGCACUACAUCUACCUUCAGUGAUGGAGUAUCUCUUUCUGUAGGAUCACCUAAGAUGAAAAAAUAUGGAGCAGAAACAAGAGAAGAACUUCUUAACAACUUGCUGCUGAAGUCUGAUGCAUCAGUUUCAACAGAAUCAAGCUCUGUAUUACCUGCAAAUGGUGUAAGCGCACAACCACAGAAAGCAUCUCAGUCAGAUGCACAGCAAGGUUCAUUUACACUCCAGCUUUUUCAACGAACCUUGGAAGAAACUCUGGAUUCGCGUCUGAAACCCAUACAUGAGGAUAUGAGGAACCUUCAUAUUGAAAUGUUAAGGCAGUUUCAUCUGCAGGAGACGGAAACAUUUAGCGUGAUGAAAUCCAUUCUGGAGAACCAAGCUGAGUUGAUGAAAGAAGUGAAGUCUCUUCGCCAGGAAUUUCAACAGCUCCGGCAACUGCUUUGACUUCUGUUAAUAAAGUUGUAACCUCUUUUUUUUUUUUGGGGCCCCUUCUAUCCUGUGUGGGGUUUGUUUGUUCGUUGACAAAUUGACGUUUAAUGUAUGGCCUGUCAUAGGUGUCUAGAUUUGCUUCUCUAUGGGCAAGAGAAGUUUAGGAGGCGAUGAUUGAAGAAAAAUAUGGAAGGGAAAGAAGGAAAAUUGCUUGUCGCUAGAUUAGGACUUUAAAAAUGUACAGAAAUGAUUAUUUGCAGAUUUGUAUGGGUGCAUGUCUGUUGAUUGAUCGAUUCAAAAUUUGAUUUAAUUCGAGUUUCUGAUUAAUUGAUCAA